CUUGAAGUGACAACAUCUCUCCCGCGGUCCGCGUCCCUCUCUGGUUCUGCUUUUUUCCUGCCUCUGUGGAAUCUACUCGAGGAUGAACUGCAACUUCUACUGAUUUUACCUGUCGAGGAGGAAGACACACUAUCGGAUCUAUGAAAAAGCCCAAGUGGAUUAGUACAAUCUUUUUAAAGCAGAAGGGAUGCAUACUGUGUUGGUGAAACUAACUUUCCUCUUGUCGCUGACAGGCGCAACACGCGGUCUGAGAUGCUCCACAGAGUCGUGUCUGAACCAGGGGACGUGUGAAGCGGCUCCAGAUGGCACCGGGGAGUGCAAGUGUCCGGAUGGGUUCCUAGGAAGCAGGUGCCAGUUCCCCAACCCGUGCAACAACUCGCCGUGCACAAAUGGCGGCACGUGCCGCGCCGUAUCCAAGGGCAACGAUGUGGACUUCGACUGCACGUGCAGAGCGGGCUACGCCGGCCACCUCUGCACGACGGCGGUAAACGCCGUCUGCAUCAGCUCCCCGUGCCGCAAUGGGGCCAGCUGCGAGCCGGAGGGUCUGCAGAGCUACAGGUGCCGCUGCCUACCCGGGUGGACAGGGAAAGACUGCACGAAAGCGGACGCCUGCGCCUCCAACCCGUGUGCCAACGGCGGCGUUUGCACCUCCAUUGAGUCCGUCUUCAUCUGCACCUGCACCUCCUUCUUCACCGGACUGACCUGCAAGGAAGACGUCAACGAGUGCGACGUGAGCGCGCCGCCGUGCAGGCACGGCGGGUCCUGCAUCAACGAGGUCGGCGGCUACCGGUGCCAGUGCCCGCAGGAGUACAUCGGCCAGCACUGCGAGAGCCGCUACCUGCCCUGCAACCCGUCGCCGUGCCUCAACGGGGGCACCUGCAUCCAGAAGGGGGAGACCAGCUACGAGUGCUCCUGCGUGCCAGGUUUCACGGGGAAAAACUGCAACCAGAACAUUGACGACUGUCCGGGUCACGAGUGCCAGAAUGGCGGCACCUGCGUCGACGGCGUCAACACCUACAACUGCCAGUGCAAGCCCGAGUUCACAGGCCAGCUCUGCACCGAGGACGUGGACGAGUGCCAGCUGAUGCCCAACGCCUGCCAGAACGGCGGCACGUGCCACAACACGUACGGCAGCUACCAGUGCGUGUGCGUGAACGGCUGGACGGGCAACGACUGCAGCGAGAACAUCGACGACUGCGCCAGCGCCGCCUGCCACCAGGGCUCCACCUGCCACGACCGCGUGGCGUCCUUCUACUGCGAGUGUCCUCACGGCCGGACAGGUCUGCUCUGCCAGCUGGACGACGCCUGCAUCAGCAACCCCUGCCAGAAAGGCUCCAACUGUGACACCAACCCCGUCAGCGGGACUCACUUCUGCACCUGCCCGUCCGGAUACUUCGGCCUCUCCUGUGACAAGGACGUUGACGAGUGCUCUCUGGGCUCCAACCCCUGUGAACACGCGGGGAAGUGCAUCAACACCAAGGGUUCCUUCCAGUGCAAGUGCCAGCGGGGCUACGUGGGGCCGCGCUGCGAGCUGGACAUCAACGAGUGCAUGUCCAACCCGUGCCAGAACGAAGCCACGUGCCUGGACCAGAUCGGAGAGUUCCAGUGCAUCUGCAUGCCGGGCUACGAGGGGAAGCUGUGCGAGGUCAAUACGGACGAGUGCGCCAACGGCCCCUGCUCCAACAACGGCAAGUGUAUCGACAAGAUCAACGCCUUCCACUGCCAGUGCCCCACAGGCUUCACCGGGAACCUCUGCCAGAUAGACAUUGACGAGUGCGCCAGCACGCCGUGCCAAAAUGGCGCCAAAUGCACAGACGGGCCCAACAAGUACACCUGCGAGUGCACCGAAGGUUACACGGGACGGCACUGCGAGACGGACAUCGACGAGUGCCAGCCCGACCCGUGCCACUACGGCACCUGCGUGGACGGCCUGGCCUCCUUCAGCUGCCACUGCAGGCCCGGCUUCACGGGCCGGCUGUGCGAGACCAACAUCAACGAGUGCCUGAGCCAGCCGUGCAGGAACGGGGGCACCUGCCAGGACCGGGACAACGCCUACAUCUGCAGCUGCCCCAAGGGGACCACAGGGAUCAACUGUGAAGUCAACAUCGACGACUGCAAGAGCAACCCCUGCGACUCGGGAACGUGCAUCGACAAGAUCAACGGCUACGAGUGCGCCUGCGAGCCCGGCUACUCAGGUACGAUGUGCAACAUCAACAUCGACGAGUGCGCCAUCAACCCGUGCCACAACGGCGGCACCUGCAUCGACGGCGUGGACGGCUUCACCUGCGUGUGUCCGGACGGCUACCACGACCCCACCUGCUUCUCCCAGGUCAACGAGUGCCUCAGCAACCCCUGCAUCCACGGACACUGCCAGGACAAGGUCAACGGCUACAACUGCCUGUGCGACUCCGGCUGGAGCGGCAAGAACUGCGACAUCAACAACAACGAGUGUGAAUCCAACCCGUGCAUGAACGGAGGCACCUGCAAGGACAUGACCAGCGGCUACGUGUGCAGCUGCCGCGCCGGCUUCACCGGACCAAACUGCCAGACCAACAUCAACGAAUGUGCCUCCAACCCCUGCCUGAACCAGGGCACCUGCAUGGACGACGUGGCGGGCUACAAGUGCAACUGCGUCCUGCCGUACACGGGAGAUAACUGUGAAACUCUGAUGGCGCCCUGCGGCUCCGAGCCCUGCAAGCACGGAGGAGUGUGUCAGGAGUUGGAGGACUAUCUGAGCUUCUCCUGCGUCUGUCCUGAAGGAUGGCAAGGCCAGACGUGUGAGGUGGACAUCCAAGAGUGCGUGAUGAGUCCCUGCCGCAACGGCGCCACCUGCCAGAACACGCUGGGCAGCUACCGCUGCAGCUGCAAGCCGGGCUUCGCCGGACGCAACUGUGAGACCGACAUCGACGACUGCAAGCCCAACCCCUGCAGCAACGGAGGCCUCUGCCGGGACGAGGUGGACGGCUUCCUGUGCAGCUGCCUGCUGGGCUUCCGGGGCUCCAAGUGCGAGGAGGACAUCAACGAGUGUGAGAGCAACCCCUGCAAGAACGGAGCCAACUGCACCGACUGCGUCAACAGCUACACCUGCACCUGCCCCCCCGGCUUCAGCGGCAUCCACUGUGAGAACAACACGCCCGACUGCACCGAGAGCUCCUGUUUCAACGGCGGCAGCUGCGUGGACGGCAUCAACACCUUCACCUGCCUGUGCCCGCCGGGCUUCACCGGCAGCUACUGUCAGCACGACAUCAACGAGUGCGACUCCAAGCCCUGCCUGAACGGCGGCACCUGCCAGGACAGCUACGGCACCUACAAGUGCACCUGCCCGCACGGCUACACAGGGCUCAACUGCCAGAACCUGGUGCGCUGGUGCGACUCGUCGCCCUGCAAGAACGCCGGCACGUGCUGGCAGCGCGGCACCAGCUACAGCUGCGAGUGCCAAACCGGCUGGACGGGCCUCUACUGUGACGUCCCCAGCGUUUCCUGUGAGGUGGCGGCCAAGCAGAGAGGAGUGGACGUGUCCCAGCUGUGUCAGAACUCGGGCCAGUGCCUGGAUGCGGGAAACGUGCACUACUGCCACUGCCAGGCCGGCUACACGGGCAGCUACUGCGAGGAGCAGGUGGACGAAUGCACGCCCAACCCCUGCCAGAACGGCGCUGCCUGCACAGACUCCCUGGGGGGAUACAGCUGCAAGUGCCAGCCGGGCUUCCUGGGGACCAACUGCUCCGUGCAGAUCAAUGAAUGUCUCUCCCAGCCGUGUCUGAACGGGGGCACCUGCAUUGACCUGAUCAAUACCUACAAAUGCUCCUGUCCCCGGGGGACGCAAGGCGUCCACUGCCAGAUCAACGUGGACGACUGCAACCCGUCCACCGACCCGGUCACCAACGAGCCCAAGUGCUUCAACAGAGGCCGGUGUGUGGACAGGGUGGGGGGCUACCACUGCGUGUGCCCGGCGGGCUACGUGGGCGAGCGCUGCGAGGGCGACAUCAACGAGUGCCUGUCCAACCCCUGCGACCCGCAGGGCACGGAGAGCUGCAGCCAGCUCACCAACAACUACCGCUGCGAGUGCCGCACCGGAUACACCGGGCAGCACUGUGACACGGUGUUCGACGGCUGCAAGAGCAAACCGUGCCGUAACGGCGGGACUUGUGCCGUCGCCAGCAACACGCCACACGGCUUCAUCUGCAAAUGUCCUCCCGGUUUCAGCGGCUCCUCCUGCGAGUACGACGCCCACACCUGCGGCAGCCUCCACUGUCGCAACGGCGGCACCUGCAUCUCCGGACACAAGGGCCCCAAGUGUCUGUGCCCGCCGGCGUUCACGGGGCCGGAGUGCCGGCUCCCCGCCGACAGCCCCUGCAGCUCGGGCCCCUGCUACAACGGCGGCACGUGCGAGUACGUCACGGAGGCGCCCUUCUACCGCUGCGCCUGCCCCGCCAAGUUCUCGGGCCUCCGCUGCCACGUGCUGGCGCAGCCCGAGGAGAAGGUGGCCUGCGAGCUGCCGCAGUGCGAGGAGCUGCGGCACAACCAGCACUGCAACAUGCUCUGCAACAACCACGCCUGCGGCUGGGACGGCGGCGACUGCUCGCUCAACUUCGACGCCCCGUGGGAGAACUGCUCGGCCGCGCUGGAGUGCUGGCGCUACUUCAACGACGGGAAGUGCGACCCGCAGUGCGACAGCGCCGAGUGUCUCUACGACGGCUUCGACUGCCAGAGCCUGGAGGGACAGUGCAACCCGCUGUACGACCAGUACUGCAAGGACCACUACGCCGACGGCCACUGCGACCAGGGCUGCAACAACGCCGAGUGCGAGUGGGACGGCCUGGACUGCGCCGACAACAUGCCGGAGAAGCUGGCGGCGGGCCAGCUGGUGCUGGUGGUGCACAUCGUCCCCGAGCAGCUCCUCAACAACGCCUCCAGCUUCCUGCGCGAGCUGAGCCGCGUCCUGCGCACCAACGUGGUCUUCAGCAAGGACGCCAAGGGGGCCACCAUGGUCUACCCGUACUACGGCAGCGAGCAGGAGCUGAAGAAGUACAACGUGAAGCGCUCGGUGGAGUCCUGGACCCCCGGCAGGGUGAUGGACGUGGUGAAGAGGAGCCUGGAGGGCGCGGCGCCCGCCAGCCGGGCCAAGAGGGAGCUGGACCACCUGCAGGUCAAAGGGUCCAUCGUCUACCUGGAGGUGGACAACCGCCAGUGCUUCCAGCAGUCCAGCGAGUGUUUCCAGAGCACCACCAGCGCAGCAGCUUUCCUCGGGGCCUUGGAGUCCAGCGGCAAGCUGGACGUCCCGUUCACCAUCGAAGCCGUCUACAGCGGCGUGGAACCUCCGGCUCCUGAGGGACUGUACCCCAUCUACCUGGUGCUGGGCGGCGUAGGGAUACUGGCCUUCCUGGGAGUGGGCAUGGUGGCUGCCCGAAAGCGUCGCCACGAGCACGGCCGCCUCUGGCUUCCUGAGGGCUUCAAGACCACGGAGACCAGCAAAAAGAAGAGACGCGAGCCCGUCGGAGAGGAUUCGGUGGGAUUAAAGCCGCUGAAGAACACCUCGGACAUUUCACUGAUGGACGACGCCCCGACGGAGUGGGGGGAGGACGACCCCGCGGACGCCAAGCGCUUCAGGUUCGACGAGCAGCCCGUGCUGGUGGUGGACGACCAGAAGGACCACCGGCAGUGGACGCAGCAGCACCUGGACGCCGCCGACCUGCGCGUGCCGUCCAGCGCUCCCACGCCGCCCCAGGGCGAGAUCGAGAACGACUGCAUGGACGUCAACGUGCGCGGCCCAGAUGGGUUCACGCCCCUGAUGAUAGCGUCCUGCAGCGGAGGAGGGCUGGAGACAGGAAACAGCGAGGAGGAGGAGGACGCCUCGGCCAACGUCAUCAACGACUUCAUCUACCAGGGGGCCAACCUGCACAACCAGACGGACCGCACGGGCGAGACCGCGCUGCACCUAGCGGCCCGCUACGCCCGCUCCGACGCAGCCAAGCGGCUGCUGGAGGCGAGCGCCGACGCCAACAUCCAGGACAACAUGGGGAGGACGCCUCUGCACGCCGCGGUGGCGGCCGACGCCCAGGGCGUGUUCCAGAUUCUGAUUAGGAACCGCGCCACGGACCUGGACUCCCGCAUGCACGACGGCACCACGCCCCUGAUCCUGGCGGCCAGGCUGGCGGUGGAGGGCAUGGUGGAGGAGCUCAUCAACUGCCACGCCGACGUCAACGCCAUCGACGACUUCGGUAAAUCGGCGCUGCACUGGGCUGCAGCCGUGAACAACGUGGAGGCCACCAUCGUGCUGCUCAAGAACGGUGCCAACAAGGACAUGCAGAACAACAAGGAGGAAACGCCGCUGUUCCUGGCGGCGAGGGAAGGCAGCUACGAGACGGCCAAGGUCCUGCUGGACCACUACGCCAACAGAGAGAUCACGGACCACAUGGACCGGCUGCCCAGGGACAUCGCGCAGGACCGGAUGCACCACGACAUCGUGCGGCUGAUGGACGAGUACAACCUGGUGCGGAGCCCCCCCAUGCACGGGGGCUCCCUCAGCACCACGCUGUCACCCCCCCUCUGCUCGCCCAACGGCUUCCUGGGCGGCAUGAAGCAGCCUCAGCCCCAGGGGCCGGGCCACGGCAAGAAGGCCCGCAAGGCCAGCGCCAAGGGCAUCGGCUGCAAGGACGGCAAAGACAUGAAGGUGAAGAAGAAGAGUUCCCAGGACGGGAAGUCCGGGAGCCUCCUGGACAGCUCGGCCGUGCUGUCCCCGGUGGACUCGCUGGAGUCUCCGCACGGCUACGUUUCCGACGUGGCCUCGCCGCCUAUGAUGACCUCGCCCUUCCAGCAGUCUCCGGCCGUGUCCCUGAACCACCUGCAGGGCCUGUCCGACCCGCACCUGGCCGUGGGCCACAUCGUGAUGCCCAACAAGCAGGAGCUGGCUCGCAUGCAGUUCGACCCGCUGCCGCCGCGUCUCACCCACCUGCCCGUGCCCGGCUCCGGCGGCGCCGGCGCCAUCAACGGCCAGUGCGACUGGCUGUCCAGGAUGCACGGCGGCAUGGGCCAGUUCAACCCCAUGAGAGGGGCUCCCGGCGGCCCGGGGGGGCUGCACCAGGGCGGGCAGCGCGGCAUGAUGGCCGGCUCGCUCCACAACGGCCACCCCAACGCCAGCCUGUCCCAGAUGAUGAGCUACCAGGGGAUCCAGAGCUCCAGACUGAUGCAGCAGCAGGCCCAGCAGAUGCAGCAGAUGCAGAACCUGCAGCAGCUCCAGCAGCAGCAGCAGCAGCAGCAGCAGCAGCAGCAGCAGAGCAUCCAGCUGCAGCACCAGAACUCAAACCCGACCAGCAGCCAGAACUUCAUCAGCGGGGAGCUCGGCUCCCCGGAGCUCCAGCAGGGCCCGCCCAGCUCCGGCAUGCCCAUCCACACCAUCCUGCCGCAGGACACCCAGAUCCUGCCCUCCAUCAGCCAGUCCAUGUCCAGCUCCCAGUUCCUCACCCCGCCGUCGCAGCACAGCUACUCGGGCCCCAUGGACAACACCCCCAACCACCAGGACAACCUGUUCCUGACGCCCUCGCCCAGCUCCCCCGACCAGUGGUCCAGCUCGUCUCCUCACUCCAACAUGUCCGACUGGUCCGAGGGCAUCUCCAGCCCGCCCACCAGCAUGCAGUCCCAGAUCGGACAUAUACCAGAACAGUUUAAGUAGGAAAACGCUUGUGUCUUUACACCCAGAUGAGCUACUGUAUUUUAUUUUAUUUUUUAAAUCAAGAAAAAGCACUCUUUGGGAAAACUACGAAAAAAAGGGCAAAACUGUAAAGGAGAUUUAAUAGGACUUUUAUAAGGUUUUAUACUAACAUCCAUUCUUCUUUUAUUUAUUAUUGUCUUAUUUAUGCACAUUGCCUGCCGGGUGACGUUUAGAUGCAGGACAGAGACGGUCCUUUAGAGAACCCUUCUUCUUUCUUCUCUUUUUAUUUUGUAGUACUUAUUUUUCUGCCAUUAAGUCGCAGCAUACACACUGGGUAUUUAUUUCCUUGAAGACAUUUCACCUUUGCCCUUUUUUUUUUAUAUGAUUCCUUUGUCUAUUUUUUGUAUUAUCUUGUCUAUAAUGAAAAUUGCGAUCAAACAUAGCCCAAUUUAACUUUCAGUGUUACUUUGAUUUGUUUUAAGCGCUGGGAAAUAUCGUUCGGCGACAAACACGCUGUGAAUGUCAACAGAGCUCGUGCACAGGUCCUGUAUGACACAGGAGAUUGUUUUUUUUUUUUAACUUUCUGAUGAUCAAGUGACUCGUAGUAGCGCUCUCUAGAGGUGUGUAAAUGUCUUUCGUGGGAGCAGCGCUGAGCUGCGCCUCUAGAUGUGGAUGUGGGAUGUUGUACAGUCCAUGGCCAUCUCGGAGAUUGGCGGUCAAGGCAGGCUGGAGUAUCUCUGAGUCCUGCGCUGGUGGAAACUGGCCAGUCGGUCACGGUGUUCGUAUUUGUCCAGAGGGAGCAGGAAACCUCAUUCUUUUUCCUUCUUCCUCCGAUUAGUUUGAGCCUAUGGCUGUGUUCCUCCUUUUGUAAAUAUGCUCUGUGUUUCCUUUGCAGGCGAGAUUUUGUUUAAGAAAUCUUUGGUCUUGAGCAUGCACGGGGUCGGCCCUGCACCCGUCACAAGCCUUGAGAGUGUAAAACAUAGCAGAAUAUAUAUUUUGUAUCUCUUUCUGUCCCUUAUGCGUAAAUAAAUUUGAGCUAUAUUCAAACAGAUGCGAUAUAUUGUUAGGUGACAUUUUCACAUUAAAGAAAAAUUCAUAGACUUUGAGGUUUUAUAAGUCAUAUUUAUUUACUGUUCUGUUACUCAAAGAGUCAGUGAGGCAAACAUUUGUGUUUGUUAUGAAAUGUUUUUGUUCAAUUAAAGUUCUCAGUUGUGUCCACGGAUGUUUUGUGAGAUGCACUCUGGUUUGGGUUCUGGAAUUUUAUAUUUAGAGAAAAGACGAUUGAAGUAAAAUUUCUACAAUGUUUCCUUGUUCUGUAAAGUGACAUUUUUGCAUUAAAUGUAUGUCUCCCUUUUUCAUUUUCAUUCUGUACAAAGGCUUCUUACUACAAUAAAGGACACUUGUGUGUCUUGAACUUA